UACACAAAUUGGAUUAUUACCGAUUAAAGGCUGAAGGCUAUAGCCCCAAGAAUUGGAUCCUUCACCGGCAGAUGAAGAUGAACCCAAUGAAGUUAAAGGAACACUGUCUUCUGAGUUCAUCGGUGCAAAAACGCAGCAUUUAAAUCAUCAACGGCGAAGCUCUCCUUUGUGAACAAUGAAGCUUCAGAUUUUCACCCAACUAAACCACUCUCAAAAAUCCGCUUUCGCCGUGGUUUUCGUCAUUCUCUUGCCAGUUUUCUUUCCCGAUCUUUUCCAACCUCUUGGUCGUGCCUCACCUUCUAUGUUCUCUGAGUGGAUUGCUCCGAGGCCUAUGCACGUAGAUUUGCUAGAGGGUGCUUUGCAACGCCAAACUUCUGUUGAACUUCAAACUAGACUCUGGUCUUCCCUGGCCUUCCAAGGAUGGAAACCCUGUACCGAGCGUCCGAAACCACCUUCACUACCUGAAAAGUCAAGCGGUUAUAUCCAGGUUUUCCUUGAUGGAGGGUUGAACCAGCAGAAGAUGGGGAUAUGUGAUGCUGUUGCUGUUGCUAAGAUUUUGAAUGCAACGUUGGUUGUCCCACAUUUUGAAGUGAACCCUGUCUGGCAAGAUUCAAGUUCAUUUGAAGAUAUAUUUGACUUGGAUCACUUUAUUGAUGCCCUCCGUGAUGAAGUCUCCAUAGUGAAGGAACCUCCCAGUGACUAUUCUUGGAGCACAAGAGAGUACUAUGCCACAGGCAUAAGAGCGACUAGAAUUAAAACUGCACCCAUUCAUGCUACUGCUGAUUGGUACAUAGAAAAUGUCUUGCCUGUACUUCGGAGUUAUGGAAUUGCUGCUAUUGCACCAUUUUCUCAUCGCUUGACAUUCAACAACCUGCCAUCAGACAUUCAGCGCCUCCGUUGCAAGGUCAACUUUGAAGCACUGAUCUUUGUUCCACAUAUCAAGGAAUUAGGAGAUGCCAUUAUUCAUCGUCUGCGCCACACUUCUGUUGUGAACCAAGCUGAAGUGAAAGACUUUCCACUGGAGGAAACUGGCAUGGUUGGAAAACUGCAAACUGGAAAGUUUGUUGUGUUGCAUCUGCGUUUUGACAAAGAUAUGGCUGCUCAUUCAGCCUGUGAUUUUGGUGGGGGUAAAGCUGAGAAGCUUGCUCUAGCAAAGUACCGGCAGGUGCUUUGGCAGGGAAGGGUAUUAAACUCUCAAUUCACCGAUGAAGAGUUGAGAAGUCAGGGGCGCUGCCCACUGACUCCUGAAGAAAUUGGAUUGCUCCUGGCAGCUUUGGGUUUCAAUAAUAGAACACGGCUUUAUCUUGCUUCCCACAAGGUUUAUGGUGGAGAAGCUAGGCUAGCAACCUUAAGCAAGUUAUUUCCUCUUAUGGAAGAUAAGAAGAGCUUAGCCUCCACAGAGGAACUGGCCAAAGUUAAAGGAAAGGCAUCAAUGUUAGCUUCUGUUGAUUACUACGUGAGCAUGCACAGUGACAUCUUCAUUUCUGCUUCUCCAGGCAAUAUGCACAAUGCUCUGGUGGCGCAUCGUGCUUAUAUGAAUCUGAAGACUAUCAGACCAAGCAUGGGAUUGUUGGGGCAUCUAUUUCAGAAUAAAAGCAUAAGCUGGACAGAAUUUCAAGGUGCAGUUCUUAAUGGACAUAAGAACAGACAAGGGCAAAUAAGAUUAAGGAAGGAGAAGCAAUCAAUUUAUACGUAUCCUGCUCCUGAUUGCAUGUGUAGAGCUUAAUGUAAACAAGUUUUGGCAGUUAUAAAUUGAUCUUUAACUUUAUUACAAAUUUUCCAUAUUUAGUUUCUGCAAAA